CUACCGCUCUCGCCCUCGAUUCUCUCAACAUCCAUCCAAGCGAGCUGGUAAGUUCCUGUACUUGCCAGAAGACGUGACGAUGCGGCGUAGAUGGCGACUCUCGCUUCCUUCAAACCUUUCCACCUUCCCUUCAAGGCAGUCUAGCCUUUGAGCACGCGAUUUUCCCAACUCCCCACGGCCAAGGUUUAAUACCAAGCUCCUGUCAAGCUUUGUAACCCCAAUUCACUUCUUCCAUCGUUGCAUCUCUGUACGAACCUUCUCAUCCUUCGUCCCCUUCACACGAGUCAAUCAUGCUCCGCACCUCUCUGCUCACCCUCGCCGUCGGCGCGGCGGCCGGCGCUCAUGCUGAAGUCACCCUGUGUGGCCAAUACGGCGACUAUGAGACCAAGGCUUACACCUAUAACAACAACGCCUGGAAUCCCACUGGCACGGGCAACUCUUGCACCACUAUCACCAAUGGCACCGGGAAGUUCGACCCCUUCUACGCCGUCUGGUCUUGGAGCUCGCAGCCGGUGGAGGUGCACGCCUACCCCAACGUGCAAUUCAACGCCCCAGCCCUACCAUUGAUGAUUGGCAACGUCGGCUCGCUGAACAUCUCGUCCGCCUGGACCUUGACCAACGCCACAGGCAGCGGCCCCUCUACCAGUGGCCGCAAGAACGCCGCCGCCAUCCCGCUGCAAGCCAAUGUCGCCUUUGACAUGUUCGCCGACAUGAACGCCACUGUCUCCCAGAUGCCAGCGAAGCAGAGCGUCGAAAUCAUGGUCUGGGUCGCGGCUUUCGGCUCGUAUGCCAAGCCCGAGGGCUACAGCAACGGCAUCCAGGAUACCGUCACGCUUCCUCAGGCAACCUUCAACCUGUACAUCGGCGACAACGGCCGCGGCCAAGAGGUGUACACGUGGUUCGCGACGACCAACCUGCCCAAAUUCAACAACCUCGACCUCGCGCCCCUGCUCAACCACCUGGUGGCGAAGAAGCUGGUCAGCGCGCAGCUGUAUCUCGGCACCGUCCAGUUCGGCACCGAGGCCUACUACUCUGCCAAGCCUGUCAACUUCUCCGUCUCCUCGUUCCAAGCUAAGCUGGGCAAGGUUGGGAAGAACAAGGGCAGCAAGCGCUCCGUCAACUUGUUGGAGUAAAAUAGUUGCUGCUGCUGUAACACACUUUCGACUCGGGGGUGAACUUUGAGGCUUGGUGAAAUGGGGAGUUGGAUUGGGUUUCUAC